UCUUUUCAAGUGGAAGUCGCCUCCUCCUCCUCUUCAACGUUUGGAUGCGUGAUGAGAAAUCACAGCCGGCGCGACCGUUGCAGUUCCGGCGGGUCCAAUUCUUUCCCGGAUAAUCUCAAGGAUUUGGUGCAUUCUUGUAUUUCCGUCGAGCCCAGAAAGUCCAACGCCGCCGAAGAUUCCGACGAAAAUCAUGUUAACCCGACUGUGGACCUCACGGAUUUGUGGGUUCAUAAACCGCAGUAUCAUACCGGGAAUAACAAUAAUAAUAAUAAUGGUGCGGAAGAGAAUUCGAAGAGCCCGAAGAAGAGCUCCGGGAGCGGCAAAAGUGGUUCUGAGAAUUGGGAGAGAGCUCGGAAGAAAGUUUUGUCGGGGAGAAAGGAAGACGAGGACGGGUUGGAGGCUCCGAGGGUGGUGUCUUCAAUCGUGAAAAGAUGGAAAGAUUUCGAGGCGGAGAAGAAAACCCCGCAGCCCGCUAAUAGCUCCUCUACUUGCUCCACCAGGACGAACUCGGCGACGACGUUGAUACCGGAGAGCGUGGAGAUCCUGCCGGCGCCGGCGAGCUCCGUGGCCUGCGACGAAUCUUCGGACGGGACCGACACGCCCACCAACGACGACUCCUCGUGCGUGGACUGGGAAUCGGACAGGCGGGUGAUGAGCGCGCCGCCGUCGAUCCGCGGGAGAGAUUCCGAUGCGACGGAGAGCGAGAGGGUGAGGGUAAUAGAUAUUAUCAAGAAACUGACAUCUAGCGGCGGCGAGGAGAGCCACGACCGCGAGCACAGCGCCAGCGCCGCCGCAUUGAGUGAAUCAGUGCCGCCGCUCCCCCGGGUUAAAACUUCAGCGGCGGAGCAUGGCUGUUUCUGCCCUCUCGUCCCCUCGCCCCGCAAGAUCAGAGGCCGACGGGCCUUCAACGACUUGCUUAUGCAAAUGGAGCGAGAAAGAGUGAGAGAGCUCGAAGGUCUUUCAGGGCGUAAAGCCGUUUCCAAAUUCCAGCAAAAAGGCCGCAUUCAGGCUAUGUUGAAGCUUAAGCUUCUAAGACGCGAGACGGAAGUGAAAGAUUCAGCACCCACUAAUUGCAUGUCGCCUCAAUCAAUCAAAUUAACUCAAUCUUCUAUAAUGCAUCUCAGGGAGAAAUUCAAAACAGACUCAAAACCAACCUGCAGCUCCAAAGAAGCUGCUGCUGCUUCUGACAGCCACAGCCCAGAAACAUGCAGACCUGGAAUUCCCACUUGCAAGCGCAAAAAAGACACAAAGGAGAAGGAGAAGAAGGAGAAAAAGGAGAAUGGCUCAACAACAUCAAAGCAGCUUCAAGAAGAGAAUCAUCAUCCUCGUCGUGAAGCCGCAACUGAGCUGCAAUCAAGUCAAUGCAAAGACAUUAUCAAAUCUGAUAAUCAAAUUAAAGUUUGCCAAAACUGUCAACAAACUGACUCCAAUGUUAGUCCCAAUCAAAUUUCAAAGAAACCCAGCAAAACGGAAAGGUUGCAGGUAGUGAUCCCUAAGCUAACAGAGCCUGCAGAAACAACAAAACCUUCCGGCUGCAGCAAAAGUGAAGAAACUGGGAAAGAACAAAGGAAUAGCGUUGAGUGGACGAAUAAUGAUUGGGAAGAAAACGAUUGGGGCUGGAUAAGAGACUUUUCCCAGCACACACACAACGGGUGGGAUCAACUACGCCUCCAUUUCCAGCCUCAUCUUCAUCAACAAGAUUGCCAGAAACGAGUUUGUUGUAAUGAGGAGGCCAGCCAGGAGUGGAUUAAUGAUGUUUCCCGCCCACGCAGCGAAUGGGAAGAUCUCAGGCAAGCAAGAUAUCAAGAGAUGCUUGACCCUUACUUCAAUAAUGACUUACAAGAACUGCUCCAAAGGAAAAGCGUUUCCAAUUUUCUUUUAGGUGGUUUGCGAAACAAAAUAGAUCAACUGAUGAUAUCUCGCUCGCAAAAACAACCACCCACAGAGGAUCAUGAGAUAGAGAAACAAGUGACAGACAGCAAGGGAGAGAAGGUGGCAGAAGAGGGAGUUGAGAGUGGUGGAGGAAAUGGAAGAAAAACUUAUCAAGAAGAGGACGAGUAUGGAGAUGGUAACGAUUCCACCCACACUUGGAGCAAUAAUCAAGAAUGUGACAUGAGGGAUGAGUAUGAUCAAAUGCCAUCAACCACUUUACCUCAAUUCCAACCAUCCACCUUUUUUACCCAAGAAAAUGAAAUGAAACUCAUACAUGGACUAAUGGGGCAUAUGGAGCAACUCCAUCAAGAGAUGUCGGAAAUACGAAGAGCAAUCAUCAACUGCAUAGACAUGCAAGUGAAACUACAGAAUUCGAUCAAGGACGAGGUUGUAACCGCGUUUAAUCAGUUAGGUAAAAAAGAUAACGUAAAGUCCCCCAGCGGUGAUGAAUGCAAAAGCAAACGGAACUGCAUUAUGUGCCACGAGAAGCUAGUCAACGCUUUACUGUAUAGAUGUGGACAUAUGAUCACGUGCUACAAGUGUGCCCAGGAGUUGCAGUGGGGUGAGGGGAAGUGCCCGAUAUGCCAAGCUCCAAUCGUGGACGUUGUGCGUGCAUGCGUGGAUGCAUGAAGCUAAGGACGAAUUAUAUAUAUGAAUAUAUGAUGAUGAGCUUAAAUUCUCUAGAUUUAAUUAAUUGUUGCUGUAUAUAUUAUUUUUAACUUUAAUUCCAGUCCCGCAAAUAGGUUGUUGGAAAAGACCAGACUGACACAUAAAAAUACACUUAAUCUUCAUUGAUAUACACUAAUCAAAUCAUU